AUGGCGAGAUGCCAGGCGGUCGGCGAGGUGGUGUACGUGAGCUGGGACCCCGAGAAGCUGAAGAAGUGCCUGGAGACGGACGCGGAGCUGGAGCUCCGCUUCAGCAGCCUGCUGGCCAGAACGAUGGAGCGCAACAUGAAGAAAGUGAUGGAGGUCCGCGGAGGCAAUCGCGGGGGAGUGGGCAGCGGCAGCUAG